AUGGCGAGAGAGGAAUACAGUGUGGUCGUCGAAAUGGACGACGAAGUACGUUAAACAGAUCGUGUUCAAAAUUCAAUGAGUAUCGAUUCAGGGACUUAUUUGCUAAAGCUACUUUUCAACUUGCUUUCUUCAAGAACAUUACUAAAGAAAGUAUUAUAAUAGAUUUUUCUUCUGGAUCGGGGGUUGGAGGAAAAAUUACACAAGAUAAACAGCAAUCCUCUAAUAAUUCUGGAUUUAAUGAUACAUCAUUCUUCGAUACACGUACACCCCAAACUGCACCGCAAGGUGGACAUCCAUUUUGGUCACUUGAAUAUUACGCUCAAUAUUUUGACGUGGACACGGAACAAGUCCUUACACGAGCGAUAAAAAGUCUUUUUCCUAAAGACAAUUUUGCUGAAGUAGUUGGAUCAAAUCCGGACUUAUAUGGUCCUUUUUGGAUAUCUACAACUUUAAUAUUCCUUCUCUUUGUAACAUCUUCCAUCGCGGGGUCAAUCGAUGCUAUUCAAGGGGGAAAAACUAAUUAUGACUUCAAAAUUCUCUCUUUCGGGACCGUUGCUAUUUAUAGUUAUACUUUUGGGAUAUCUCUAUUUGUUUGGGGUGCAUUAAAGUAUUUUGGGUGUCGUCCUUCAUUGAUGGAUACCGUAGGGUUAUAUGGCUACGGAUUGACCAUCUGGCUCCCAAUUUCAGUCUUAUGCAUAGUUCGACAUAAUUUGUUACAAUGGAUAUUUGUUAUUGUCGGAUUCGUUAUUUCUGCGUUCUUUAUAACAAAGAAUCUUUAUCCUGUUAUAUCACGUGCGGAAGCAAAAACCUCUCGUCUGUUCUUAAUUUUUGUAUUAGUAGCUCAUGCUGCAUUUGCACUUUUGCUUAAAUUUGAAUUCUUCUCAUAUGAAACCCAACCUCCAAACAAAACUCCAUCAUCUUAA